GACUGAACGAUUCGUCAGCACGCAAGGGCUUCCUAGUUCAGACAAAAAUUGAUUGAAGCUAAAACUAUAGUUAUUCUGAUCAUUUUGGGAUUUGAGGCUUCAAUUCAGCUACUAUAAUUAUUAUAUUUAGUCAGAUACAUAUUAAGAGAAGUAAAUUUGUCACCGAUUGUCAGUACUUCAAUGAAUUCCGCAAAUGUUAAUGUUCUGUGCACUAGUCGUGAGGUGAUUUCUUCAUACCAGACACACAAUAAUGACUGUCAUAAUGGUGACGAGGAAGCGCUGGAAGUUCUGCUGCAGAAAAUUUAUAGUCUGGAAAAUGAACGGCGGAUUCUAAAGCUUCGUCUUGAGACUGUGGAAAGCGAUUACGAUGCUCAAGUAAAAGAACUACAGACAGAUAUAAUUGCUAUGCGUAUUGACCUCAAAAAAGAAAAGAAAAUGUGUAGACAGAUAGAACGAGAGAAGAAUACUACUAUUGCUGAAUUAAUGCAACAAAAUCAAUCUUUAAUUCACCAGCUUAAUUCUUCCAGUGAAAAUGAAGCUCUUUUAAAGGAAGAAAUGUCUACUUUGAGAUCUGAGUUUUUAAAGCACAAAUCGUCUAUGCAAGAACAUGUUCAAUCAAUAGAGUCUUUGCGACAAGAAAUCACUAAAUUACGUGAGGAAAAGAAUCACUUAGAGAAUCAGUUAAACACUGUCAUGGAGGAAAGAAAUAACAUUUUGGAAUCACUCAAAGAUUCUUAUCAGGAAAUAGGAAUUAUGAGACAUGUAGCUAACGAACAUGUCACUACUAUAAAUAUUCAAGAUGCAGAAAUUACGAGGCUUCAAGAGACAGCUAGUAUACUUCACAAUCGGCUUCAUAAAUUGUCAAUCCAAACAAGUGAACAGAUACCGGGCAGUAAUGAAAGUGACCAUGUGAAACCAGUGACCUCGCAUCCACAUCGUUCUUUAAUGGCUGAACUGGCUGAGCAAAAAAUGAUUCAAGCAGAGAACUAUAGUUGUUUGCCACCGACGUUGGAGGAUGAUGAUGACGUUGAAUUUGAAAUGGAUGACAAUGCAUAUAUGGCUUACUUAUCAUGUUUUGAUCAAGAUAUUCUUGCAGAUAGUUCAGUACCAUCGAACUCAAACGAUACUCCAUUGGAAUCUUGUAACAUAAACACGAAGGAAGCAUUUAUAAAUGAGCUGAGGUCAGAGGUAACAGAAAUUUAUCAACAGAUGAACAAAAUGUGUGUGGAACUAUGUGCUCUUACUGGAAUGAAACAAGAACCACUCAGCAAAGUUGGUACUCAUACUCCUGAUGAAUUGGCUAUGGUUGAAAUGGAUUUCCGCUUAGGCUCAUUACGUUCUGUACUGACUGAUUUACGUGGACUACUGAGAGAUUUGAGAAUUGAAAUUCCAGAACAGUCUACAUCAUCAAACCCAUCGAAGGAAACGGUACUAUCGAAUGGAAAUAAAUCAGAGACAGUUGAACUUCUUCGAACGUCCGAUUCAACCAAUGAACAGAAUCCAAUUUCUAAUUAUGAAAUAGAAUGUCAGCUUGUUCGUUCAGAACGUGAUGCACUGGCAGCUGAACUAUUGAAUGCACAACAAGAACUUCUUGAACUGAAAAGUCAAAUUGAAAACGGUCCAGGAAACGAUGGUGAAGUGCAAAAUUGGCAAAAUACCAAAGGAAAUAAUUUUACAGCUAACUGGGAGGAGUUCGAAGAAGAAAAAUAUGAAUUUGAAAUGCCUCUCUAAGUUAUUCAAUUUCAUUGAAUAUGGUAUAACUCUGAGCUGUCAUACUUGUUUUGCAUAAUGUAACAAAAUAUUUGCUUCCUGUUUUUCUUCCUCAAUUGUGUGUAUGUGCGUAUCAUUUUGCAGUACAAUGAACAUGAUUAUAAUUAUCAUCUCCACAGACAGCUAAAUCAAUUUACUAUCAAUUUGCUUUUCUUCUUAUAAAAAUAUUCUGUGAUCUCAAACUGAUUGCAUUUAGCAUUCUUUUUUUUUAUACUUCCUAUUAUUUAUACUUUUAUCAUCAAAUAUUCAGUGGUUUGAAAUUAAAUAUAUGCUAUUCAAACAUGAAAACUUAGUGUCGUUUUUUUCACAUUAUCACAGCUAACUAUUUUUAAAAUAUGCUUAUCACUUUGACAAACAAUAGAGUGAAAUAGUUAUUUCAAAAUAGAAUACUAUG